UAAUUAAAAAGAAAGCGCAAAAUUGUGCAUACAAAUCUCCCAAUAUUUGGCACACCUUCUAGUGUUGGAGGGGCAAAUCACGUCCGCACUGCCGGGAAGUAUAGGAAUGAGAUUCAAAGAUAUUUGUCGGGAUCAAGUCCAGGACACCUUUGACCACCUCUACUAUACCUUCAAAACAGCAGGUACACGUACAGGUACAGGUACAGGUAUAUGGUGUUGGAAGCGAACAAGUAGACAGAAAGCCUGUGAAUGCCUGAUAAAGGAGGGGUGCAGUACAAGCAAGAAAUCAGUGUUGCCUAAGGCUGUUGAUCUUGCAAGGGAAAUGAACAGACGAUGUAGUGCAGAUCCAGAGGCUGGGAAACAGUUCUGGGGAGGUCUGAGUGAAGUGUGGGUAGGGUUGCUGGUGUAUGCCUCCAGCCAUUGUAGAGGAGAUGUUUACUACCUCAACAAAGGUGGACAGUUUUAUACAUUUGUUCGCCUUUUGAUGGCUCAUUUUGGGCUACGAGGAAGCUAAGCCUCAAAGGUGAAAGUUCAAUUCAUUUCAACUCCACAAUGAGAUUCAAUUCAUUAUUAAUAAAUAUACUAUACGGAGUAUAUAAUAAUGCUUGCUUAAUUAUUAUUAUAUUCUUCUGUAUAUGUAUAAAAAGUGUGCAGUGGGUGAUGAUCAUAUCCAAUUGGUACGGUCAAACCAAAGUUGUAUUUUUAAAGUUUAAUUUAUCUUAGAAUGUACAUGAAGAUCAGAGUGAGUGAA